AACUAUGCCCGAGAGUGCUUUCGCAGAGCGCCUCCGAGACUCGGCUCUGCGAUGUUUAAACGCUGGACGUCUAACUCCAGCCAUUCGGUGGAUCUGAGUUUUCUGAAUCAUGAAGAAGUGACCGCGAUCCUGGACGUGUUGGAGCGAGAUAAGGAGGUUCAGAGGAUGAAUGCUGAGAGGCUCAAAGAAAUCAAGAAGAAGAAUACCAACAGCUUGUGGUUAAAAGGAAUAACUGGCCAAUGGUUUGAGGAAAUAAGGAAAGCAAAAUUCAAAGAUCAGACGGAGUUAAGCAAGCUACUUAAAGUGCCGCCUACAAGGAGCUGUAGAAAGACAGACCAAACUGUUUUAAGUGACUUGAAGCUUGCACAAUCAAAAAACUGUCCAGAGGAGGAGAAUGUAAUCAGUGUUUUGCAGUCUUCAGAUAAUUUCAAAGGAGGCAACAGUGAAGAUCCUGUUUCCAGCUCUCCUGCUGUUGCUGCUGAAUCUGAUAGACAAAGCACUGGGGUUCUCUUGGAGCAAGAGCUGUGCAGUAGCCACAAAUUGUUGCAGCUGGAAUCACAAACCAUGUUUCAGCAACUCCAGGUACGGCUGAAGCCAGCUGCAGUUCCCCAUGUGAAAAGGAAAGUGUUUAUGUAUCAUGACAUUUAUAAACACGUUGUUGAUAAUGAACACCAUAAAGUCCUUGGCCAUUACUCAGAAACAAAGACCAACAAUGCUGCUGAUGAACAAGAGAAAAUUACGUCAACUGAAAAUGUAAGCAGUUCAGAGUUACAGAAAAGUACCACAGAUGACGAAGGCAUAAGAAGUUGUGCACAGCAAGUCCGAGCAAGAUUCAUCAGAAAUAAUGAUGAAAUGAAUCCUGCAAAGUUAAGUGAAGGCACUGAGAAAACAUCACACGUUGUUGAAUGCAAUGAAGAAGAUGCAAGGCAGGCUUCUGAUGUUCUUCCUACUGAGCAACCAGGAGACGAUUGUGCUUGUGUUGACACUGGUCAUUAUAAGGCAGACGAUAGAAUAUCAUCAAAUUCAAAAACUGCCCCAGCAUCCUCCACUAUUCAGCCCAAAAAUAUGCUUUGGGAUCAAUCAAUAAUCAAUAGUCAUGAUGUUCCAAUAAGAUCAAAUUCUAUUUGCUCUUUGCCAAAGAACAAACGUGAAAUAAGAACAACAUCGUUAUUUGAUCUUCUGGUUGAGUCACGGGUUCUUCAAGAUAUUUCCGCCAAGCAGGAAAGUUGUUCAGCAAACAAUAUUUGUGAAAGUGAGUCAGCCAACCUUGGUGAGCCUGCGCCGUUAGGCUCAAUAACAGGACCAAGGAGCCUCAGCAGAGGUAAUAAAGGGGUGCCGCAGCAAAAUUGGUCGGAUAGUUUAAUGAAGACUUCACAGAAAACUGACAGAGCCGUUACAUUACACGGCAGUACAUCUGAAGACAGAUGUACAUCUGAUCUGGUAUGCAAUCCGCGUCCUCUGCUUUCCACAGAUACUAACAGCAGGUGCAGUAUUAAUUUACAAAAUCACAAUAAUGUCACUUCUGAAAACGACAAGAUCAGUGAUUCUUUACACACCAGCCAACUGAAACACAGCUUUUCACUUCCAUUUCUGGGCCCAGGGUGUCAACCAAGAGCUACUUCACAUAUUACAAUAAACAUCAGAAAGAGAAAGCAACACUCUGAGUCAAAUGACACCAAUGUUGUUACACCAAUAAAGUGUAAUGAUGGUUCCUUACAGCUUCGUAGGGAUGAUAAAGAGAGGGCCACUUUGUUUUCAAGCUUAAAACCAGAAACCCCUUCAGUGAAUACUUUGAGGAAAACAAGAAUGGAAAUUGCCACACCAAGAGACACUGAUGCUUCUUUGCCAAAUGAUGAAAAUAAGGAUUGUAAGGUUGAGGGAAGAAGCAAUUCUUUACUACCAAUUCAGGUAAAUGGUUUACAACUGCCCACGGCCGAUGAGGAGAGUGAUGGGGGACCAGCAUGUACAUCAAACCAUAUGGAUGCUGCCUUGCAGAUGGGUGGCGGUGAUCAGUUACAAAAUACUAAAUCUGAAAUGGGUCGUGAACUUCCUGCAGAUGCAAAAAUUGCACCGCUGCAAACGAGUGUAAUUUCCAUUGAUAUCGGUGCGGAGCAGAGCGAUCCUUCAAAAGAUGAUGGUGUCAUCUUAAAAAGCAUGAAUAAUAUUGUACAAUGUGGCCCAGAAACAAAUAAUUCAAUUGAAGUGAGUACACCAGAGUCUCCAAACUAUGAGAGCCAGAUGCCUUUUAACAAAAAAUUGUCAUCAAACAACAGCUUUACUUUGGAUGAUAAUUACAUACAAAAUAUUAAGCCUUCAUAUAGGAUUACAGCUCCUAAAGUUCUGAGCUACAAGUACCAGUUGCUGGAUGACUCAUCAAGCAGAACUGCUGUAACAGCGCACAGGACAGUUGACCAUUAUAAAUCUGAACCCAGCCAUGCACUUCCAUUACCAAUUACUACAAAAGCAUCUCCUUCUCCAUCACACACAACCAGUGGUGGAGUGACAGAAAUAGCUGGUGCUGAUAAUGUGAAAAAUUAUAAACCUGAAGCGGCCAUCGCCCCAUCAUCAAGUGUAACAAUGCAAUGUAUGCCUAAAGCUUUUACACAUACCUUUGAAGGCAAGUUAUCAGAAAACUACCCUGAUGAUGGACAUAGCAGUCUUGCACAACAAAACAGAUGUGAAACAUUCUCAGAAACGGUGAAAGAUCAGCAUUCCACUAUAACUAAGGCACAGCUGAGUCAAAGUAUAUCACUCGGUGAGGGCAAUGAAUAUUUACCAAAGGACAAAUCUGAAACCAAUAGUAACCUAAAAUCAAAAAAUUCACAAUUUGGCCAAUGCAUUCUUGCAACGAGUGUAGAUGGCAGCCAAAAGAAGUCACAAACUAAUUUUCCACUUAAUGAUAUUACCAUGGCUACUAUAAGUGUUGAGAAUUGCCAACCUGGAAAUAAUAUUCUAUUUUCAUCACAGAAUAUGCUGACUGGCGAGCAGUCUCCUUCAAAAGGUCACAACAAAGCAGAUGAGCUGCUGUUUCAUUCCCCAGUGAGUUUGAGCAUGGACGAGGAUUUGGAAGAUUAUCACUCUGAGAACAACCCUGCUGUUUUACUACCUGAUACUCCAUUUGGUUUGAGGGUUUCUUCAAGUAUUGAACAUGGUACCAAAAGCACACUUCAGAACUGGGAAUCCAACAUUAAUGACAGUACCAAGAUUGGAAGCAUUGCUAAAGAAUACAAGCAAGCAGAUGAUUCCAAGGUCAACAUUAUAAUUUCUUUACCGAAUGUGGUUUUUGAACAGUUGACCGACACAAAUAAUGCAUACGUGUCACAGGAUCGCUGUCUGAACAAUAGUGGUAUCAGUGGGAGCAGAAAAGGUCUUGACUAUUUGCAGACAUUGAAAUCUGAAAUCAAUACUCCAAUUGUGUCUAGCAGAGUCACCGAUCAAGUUUCACCUCAGUCUAUGAUGUAUAACAAAGAUAGGCAACUAAACUAUUUGCUGAGAGCUGAUGAUCAUACACAGUGUAACAAAUCUGAAGCUACUUGUGCAUCUUCAUACUUGGAUCUGGUGCCCAGCCAGCCACGUCUCGCAAGAACCACACUCGGCAAUAGAUGUGAGUCACUGAAUUACUCACUUGACAAUUAUGCUCACGUUGUGACUGCUGGGUUCAAUAAACCUUUGGGAAAGUUCAACAGAAAACAUUGCAGCAUUGAUCCUUCAGCAGAUCCAGCUAACAGCCCUGCUGACACUGUACAACGUUUAACUGAUAGAUCGAUGUCAGCAAAUUUGGAUUUGCCUUCAGUUCAGCUGUUUGGGCAGGAAAUUCCUAUUUCUACCCCAAAUAUAAAGAAAAAUGUGCUGCCACCUUCUGGUGAAGAGUCUUCUGAUCAAAGCAAAACUGAAAAUUCGGCUGAAACUAAUACAUCAACCUCAUCAACUGGGGUGAGUACUCAGUGGUACACUUCAAAUAACUAUCCAAGCAAAGGCCUGGUUCAUCCUUUAGACAAUAAUGGAAACCAUAUUGGGAAAGGCAUCAACCAAUAUUUAGAAAACAACAAAUCAGGAACCCAUGCUGCAAGCCCAUUUUUAAAGGUAUUGACUGAUAGCAAGACUACAGCCACUAACAUAGAAAUAAAUAACGAUGCACUGCAACAUGAUGCAUCGGAUGAAACUCUUCAUGACAAGACAUCUUCGGACCUAUCUGAAUUUAAGCUAUUGUAUGAAACAAACAAUGCACUUCCAUCUCCUUUAGCGACUAGUAAGAGAUCUCCGAAAGCUGUUGAAAGGAUGAGCAAAGACUAUUCACAACCUCAUACCCCACUUGGUAGAGAUAUCACAAUGGGCAGGGGAUUGAGAGCAUAUAGUGAAUUACUAACCUCUGAUUCAUUGGCUGACUUGCAGCUGCCUUCAAAUGUCAUGCAAAACAUAACCAAGUUACCCACACAUUUUCCAUUUAUUGACAACAUCUCUGUGGGUUCAGACAAUGAAAAAAAUAUAGAACAUUGCCAACCACCAGGCCACAAUGCAAUUUCACCAAAUAUAUCUACUGCCCUAACAUCUCAAACAAAUCUCACAGCAGAUGGAAUAAACAAUGUACAAAAUGAAUUUCAAAGUAACAAUGGCAUCACUUUUUAUAGAAGAACUGGUAACAGUAAUACACAAGACAAAUCAAAAACAUUAACUUUGAUUGGUGAACAGCUUUCCACAAAUACCAAUAGUAUACCAACACUUUCAACAGAGAACAAGUACAUGACAAAAUGUGAGUCCUUGAAUUCUUCACCUGCAAGUUCAGUCAUGACUGAGGAUAAAACCAGUGAGAUUUUACAAACAAACACCCCAACUACACAGUCGCGUUCAGUAACUGAGCUCAACUCUUCUACAAAUACCCUGCAGGACAAAAUAUUGUCACUGACCCAGUCCCCACUCACCCUGGCUGCAGAAAGCAUUAAAACAACAGAACACCACCAAUAUGAAGAAAGAUGUCCAGUUUCACCACAUGGACAACAAUCUCUUUCAGAUUUGCGCAAAGACCAAAACAAGCCAUUGACUCAUUUACUGAAGAGUGGUGAAUUAGGAAUCAAUGAGAUUUUUGAAAAAAAUAAACCCAGGAUUACUGAUGUCAUUUCAGCCCGUACCUAUCAUCCCUCUGCAGCAAACAUUAAAGAUGUAAUAAAAAAUACUUUGCAGCACUGUACAACAAAGGUAACUGACAUCUAUCGUCGUACGAGAACAUCGAAUAGAUUCAAAUUAAACCUUUUACAUAAAGCAAAGAGCGUUCCUUCGUUAGCUGAAAUGACCGAUCAAUGUCAGACUGGUAAUACCACUUUUGACAGCAAGCAAGGAAGAUCAAGGACUACUCCACUCAAAGAAAAUGGCCAUCUGCUGCCAAGUGAAAAAUACCAAACAGUUUCAUCAACAGAUGAAUUGAACAAACAGUGUAUACUUACAAAUAUUACACAUGACAGGAAGGAUAAAAUCCAGAAAUGCUUGUCAAAUAUUGAAGACAGAAUUGUUAACAGAGCACUUGGUUACAAUUAUGACCUACAAGAUGGAGGUGAGACUAAGGGUACACCUUCACCACUGAUUCCACUAUCUAGCCAUUUGGCUCACAUAGACAUUGCACACAAUAUUGAAAACAAGCCACAAGAUCAAGUUUUAAACUAUGCUGCUGAUGUUGUAUACCCCAAAAGUCUUGAUGAUCGUGAAAACGGAAGACCCGUUUUAUCAAGAGAUGAAGUUACUCAACCAGUAUCUCCUAUCACUACAGCACACAGCAAUAAAAACAAAUCACUGAGUCAUUCAUCACUUAUUGUUGACACCAUUUUAAGCAAGAAAAUUGAUAACUUUAACACAACGUGUAUAAAUCCAUCGCUGGACCCAAUGAUCAGCCAGCAGACUUCCAGCAGUUCAUUUAUGACUCUGAGUGAUUUGCCCAACAAUGGUGCUGUCAGUGCAAAAACUGCUGUCAACAAAUUCAUACAAAAGGAUGCUACAGAAACCAGCAAAAUACUAGCAGUAAAUUUUCAAACUGGCUUGCAAACUGUUCUAGCUAUCACAGAUAUGAAUCAGAAUACUGGACAGCAAAAUAGAGUUUUUGAUAUGGGUUGUGAUAAAAUGCUUAAUGAGAAGUCAAACCAAAAACUUUUGUGUAAAGCAAAUAGUGCACCAUCUUCACCUAAAAGAGAUGCUCGUUGUCGUACCACUAAUCUUACUUGCAGGAAUCAAGACAGGACGUUUAAACUGACUGAUGAAAUUUUAAUUGGUAGAAGGAACAAUGAUUGCAUACAAAGGAACAAAUUGGAAGUCAACACUCGAUUUUCAUUACCAGCUAGCCAACAACUUUUGCCCAGUGACAUUAAAAAUAAGCAAAUUAAGACAUUGACUCAUUCUCCAGUUGGAAGCGACUUUGAAAUGAAUGUAGCAGGUUUCAAGAAUGUAGAAAAAGCUCAAUCACGAAACAACAAAGGAGCUUCACUACAGACACCAAAUGACAUGAGGUUUUCUUCAGACAGCAGUACUGAAUUUCUAAGUUCCUCACCAAGGAAUGAUACAUUGCCAAAAAGAAUUGAUAUUAACUCAAAAAAUGACGUGAGCCUUCAAUCACCAGGUUUUAUGCCUGACCAACAAUCUUCAAUUGAUGUCACAUGCAGCAAGAAUAGAAAAUAUUUGAGCAAGCCAAGGAAAAUUAAAGAUGGCACUUUGGAUCAAAGGUGGAAUGCUGAUUGUGGACAAAUAAAUAAUUUAGUCAGUGACAGUUCUCCACCAUCUACAUCUGUACCUGUUCUGUCUCCUAGACAUAUCUAUAACCACAGGAAUUAUUCAACAAGUAGUGGCAGUGUUUCUCCACAGGGCAAUGACAUUAAAAGAGGAGAGAGAAAAAUAAUCAGAUACAGGCGGGAAACAUUCCCUGGACUAAAGCUGGAGAGUGGGAUAUCAGGAACACGCGUGACAAAUAGACAUACACUGAACUCCUUGCAGUGCUGUUCUGCUCCAAAAAAUCAAAUUGGUUCAGAACUCAUGGAAACUAAUAUUUUAGAUAAUAGGUUAAAACAUAGUAAUCUCUCCCAAUACACAGGACGUUCAUUUAGUAUUGACAAAGAUAAUCCCCUGGUAAACAAUUACCAGGCAGGAACAGCCAGAUUUUCAAAAAAUUACUCCAGGUUUACAAGCUCCCAGGUUCCUAAUUCUUUGAAUGCACAAAAUAGAUAUGGCCAGAUCGCUAAAGAUACUCAUUCACAUUAUAAUCAAUCUUCUGAACGAGAUCAGGAAGAUUUGCUUUCCACUGAUAGCAGGCAAAAUUCUAAGCCAACUGCUCAAAAGAGACACGAUAAGACCAGUCAUUUGUUUUCAAGUUAUACAAAAUGUAACAGACUUUAUGGGUCUUUUACUGACCUGACCUUCAAUGGGAAUGAAUUUGAUUAUAACAGCAGAUCUUCAUACCUUAACAGACUUGAUUGCGAUGCGGUAGUAAUUAGAAAUGAAGGCACAAGAAAUGUUUCUAAAGAAGCAGUAAAGAAAGAUACACACUUGGAGAAGAUGAAACGACAGAGAUUGUGGAAACCUUCUGAGAUUCACAAGAAAGCCUCUUCCCCAAGUAUUGAGGAUGUUUUUGAUCUAUUCCCAAGUGAAAUAAACAUGGAUCCAGGGAUGAAUGAUCAGACAGUGAAGAAUGAUGAGUACUUUCCUGUGGAUAUAAAAAUGUUCUGGCCCAAGGAAAACCCCACAGAUAUAAUAAGACUAUUGAGUUCAACAUCCACAGGGAGUAAAAUUUCAGAGGAGAGUCUUUCACCACAGUCAUAUCGUACACCAGCAGGGGUUUUGGAACGGAAGAUGUCUUGUUACUCAGAUCCAGACUCAGACACCACUACUGAUGAUGAGUAUUUCUUGGAUUGCUCGGCUCCUGCAAAGGAAUCUGCAUUAUAAUACUGUUCAUGGCACAAGACUGAAUAGCAAAAUGUUUUUCUGAUUUGCAACAAAUCAUGCUGCAUCCCAUCUGCUUUGAUGGCUAUGGACAUCUUUCUAUCCUCUCGAAUUUAGCUGAAAAGCUAAGAACAUUGAUAUUACCUGUUGUCAAUGAGUAUUUUAAAAACUUAUAACAUGGUUACUUUGAUUUUUUUUUUGGUACACUUCCAGAAAAGGGAACUGAAAAUGCAUAAGGGACAUCUGAAUUUCCCUUAUCCAUUUUUAGAUGGAUCUAAAUCACAGCUGUUAAAGCCAUUGAUUCUAAAAGCAUAAAUUCAUGGGCUUCUGGUUUUAAAAAAAAUUGGUAGCCUACAAUUUUGGGAAGGUCUUUCAGCAGAUUUCUGAUGCAGGAGCACAUCUGAAAUGUUAACAUGGCUUUCUCUCAUACACAGAAUGCUCUGUUUUGCAGUUCCAGUCCUUUCUGUUCUCACUUGAGAUUUUAUUUUUAUCAAAGGGAGCUUGAGUCCUUGUUGCUUUAAAUUCUGUGAGCAGUACAUCAGUUUGAAAUGUUUUUGAGGGAGUAGCAAAAUAUUUUCUAAUCAAACAUGUUCCUUGUUUGAUCAUUGAUUUUACGUUGUAUGUAUAAUCUAUGUCUGUCAACCAAAUGAACAUUAAAGUUGCCAUAUAAAAAUAGAGCUGCUAAUAAAGUAGUGCAUUUGAAUGUAAUGCUCUUUUUGGGCUUCAAAGAACAAAAGCCGAAAAAUUCAAAUCCAGUCAGUAGCACCAAAUGUACAAAAUAGAAGUAACACUUUGGAUGAUAUUCCUGGUUUCUGAAUGUCAGUUCUUACAUCUGAAUUUUGUAAAAAGUAUUGAUUAUGUACCUGCCACCAUAUAAAGCUUUUAUCACUAAAAGUGAAGCCGGUAUUUUUAGGCAAAUGCACAUGUACAGUUUGUCAAAGCGUGCACUUUUAUUUUAUAGUUAGGAAAAUAUAAAAGUGGGAAGAAAUUUAUAAACUUGUAUAUUGAGGGAAUGAAUGUAAUUAAAAGGCUCAUCAUUUUAAUAAAUUUUUAUUAAAUAAUUUUAAAUGCAAGACAUGGAUGUUUAAAUGUUUUGAUUUUUAAUGUGAGUGAAUAAUAAAU